CAAACCUCAAUGGCGCAAAUUCAUACAGCUUCGAGACCACAAACAGCGAGUAUUCCUGGCUGCGGGACACGGUCGCAGUGGCACGGAAGUGGCACGGUUGCAGCUGUCCUAGCUAUUUUACUGUCUUUAUAUCCAGAAAAAAAAUCAAAAAUAAAAUCGGCAUCAUCUUUCGCACCACUCUGCCAAUAGUCAUCGCCUAUCGCUUCACAUUUACUAAAUGCCGUUCGUGUAAGUUUUCAAAAGAAAAGAUUCCGUCCUUUGCAAGGAGGCAGGCUCAGAGAGGAAUGCGCUCCACCGAACUGCAGCACCGCAACUAUGCACAUCCACAUCAUCCAACAUGGAUUGCCCUGCGUCGUGGCGGCCUAUUUGCACUUGUAUUUGGUAUAUCGCUGCUCAUCCUGAACUUCUGCAUAAGCCCCUUCGGCCAAACGCAUCACAAGAAUUCAAACCAAGAAGAGGAUUGGCUUGCUGGCCUACCCCUGCCCCUCCACGACCCUCUUCUCGACGGCGCGGCCCGCUUCCGCCUGCUCUUCCCCUCCGCCUCCGCAGCAGCCCCCGCCCCAGCUGCCCGCCCCAGCCCCCGCCUGGUGGUGCUCCCCGACCUGCACGGGGACGCGGCCCAAGCCCUGGCGGCUCUGAGGCUGGCGGGGCUGGUGGAGGUGGACGCGGUGGGAGAGGAGGAGGAAGAGGGUGAAGGAAGGG